AUGGGUAAACACAAAUAGAGAUCUACAUCUGAUUCUAGCAGUAUCCGUAAGAAACACAAGAAAAAGCAUCAUCACCAUCAUAAGAAAGAGGUGAAAUUAGAACAUGUAAAGAAAGAAGAAUAUCAAUAAUAAACAUAAACAUAAUAGUAAUAGGAAAUAAUAAAAGAAAAACCUUGUUUUGAAGCAUCUGGAAUAUUAGCUUAAUAUGCUGAAAAUGCAUUUGGAAAUGGUAAAGUAUUAAAAUUUACAAUACCUUUUGAUGCAAAGAUUCCAAUAGCUAAUUGGUAAUUAUUUCCAUUUAAAGGAACAGAAUCGUUAGGUAAGAAUAUAAAAUAAUACAAAAUUAGCUUCUAUUCCUCUAAAGGGAAAGUCUGUAUUUUUGAUAGGAAAGGAUAAAGAAAUAGUUGAUAUCUUAGUAGAAAAUAUAUCAGUUUCUAAAUAACAUUGUGUAAUCUAAUUUCGAGAGAUAAAGAAAGUGAAUAGUCAAGGUGAAGUAUUAUCUUAUAUAAAACCAUACGCAAUGGAUUUAGAGAGUACAAAUGGAACUUAUUUAAAUGAGCAUUAAUUAGAACCUGCAAGAUAUUAUGAAUUAUUGGAAGAGGAUGUAUUAAGAUUUGGGAAAAGCGAUAGAGAAUAUGUACUUAUAAAAUCAUGA